UCUGUCUCUGUAGUCGCAAUGGCCACCUACACGGAUCUGUCUGUUGUGUUGUUUAUUUCAGUACUGACGUGUUUGAGCUGUAAACCGUUAACUGAAGAACCGUGUGUUUACACGACAAGUGGCGGGGUCAAUGACCUGUCUCCGCUGGCUAGUGACAACGAAACAGCCAGGUGCUUCCCCGUCCGGCGCUGUGGACCCUGCAGUGGGUUCCCGGGGGCAGGGGGUGGUCAGAGGUGGACACGAGUAGCCUGGUCAAGGAGCAGGUGCCGAGGACGGUAUUCCCCAACAGUCUCAGGGGCCUCAACGGCAGGACGCUGACACUGGCGAUGCUACAGUGGAUGCCCAUAUCAAGGCGGACGUCACGUGGCCAGAAUAUAUCGUAUGAUGGCGCUGCCAUUGACAUGGUUGACCUUCUGGCUGCUGCGUUUAACUUCAGCUACACCUGUGUUGAGCCUGCAGACAAGGAGUGGGGGAGUCGGCAGCACAACUCUACCUGGACCGGGAUUAUUGGCAUGUCACAGCGGCAGGGGGCCGAUCUCUGCCCUGUGCCCUACUCUAUGACCCCUGAAAGGGCCAGUGUGCUGGAGUUCUCAGUGCAUGUCCUGUCGACGUACAAUAUGGCAGUGUACAUGGUCCCUUCCUCGCCCCACCCCACGGCAGCACAAUGGCUGGUGUUGCUGCCGUCAAGGGACUGGCAGGUGUACCUGGGGCUGACGGCGGCCUUCUGCUGGGUGUCUCUGCUGCUCACGCUGGCAAGGACGAAGCUGGUGCGGGGCGUCUUGUCCACGGGGUCUCACAGUGGGGCUCUCACAGCUCGAGUCUCGCUACGCCAAGAUCUCCCCAGGCGGCCGGAGUCGUGUAGUUGUCAGUCCGUGCUGUACAGCUGGAGCCUGUUCUGUGUCACAGUGACAGCCUUCUACACAGGUAACAUCGUAGCCGAUGUCGCGAUGGGGCCGCAAGAUGUCCUCUUCACAACACUACAGGACCUGGUGAACCAGGGGAUGUAUGACGUCGGGGCUGCAGCCGGUGGAUAUGUCCACAACAUGUUCAAGGCAAGAGUGUGUUCGACAUUAUGAUUAUGUGGGUGUUUUGUGCUCAAAGGCAAGACUCGUGCCUCACGCCCCAUGUCAUUAUAUCUCAGCAUCACCCCCCAAGCCCCUCCACGCCACCCACCCCUUCCACGCCAUCCCAGUUGGCAUUGCAUACAGGGACCAUACGCGGAUCCAGAAAGGGUGGGUCGAGGGAUCGAGGAGGUCCGAGGAGGAACAUUAAUUUGCAUUGGCCCAAUGCUCGUCCUAUUCAGGGCCAAUAUCGUUAAGUCUACCUUACCUUGACCUUGAGUUGUGUAUUGAUCGCAGGAUUGUGUUAAUUAAGUAUAAUAAUGACAACAAAUGAAAACAUGUAUUCAAUAUAGUAUGUAAUCAGACAGUGUGUAUAUCAUAUUAAAUAUUUAUAUGCUGUUAAAAAAGUAUGGGAUCAUGAAAUAUAAAUGUUAAUACCAAGUAUUAGGACAAAGAUAAGUGUUGACGACAAGGAUUCUAUGUUAGAACGUUUAUGUCGGUAAAUAAAUAACACCAAAACACUUUCCAUAGUUUACAUAUCUGUC